AUGGAACCGCGAGUCGGUAACAAGUUUCGGCUCGGAAGGAAGAUCGGUGGUGGAUCAUUUGGAGAGAUCUAUCUUGGUACCAAUAUCCAGACUAAUGAAGAAGUGGCUAUUAAACUUGAAAAUGUGAAAACUAAGCAUCCUCAGUUGCUGUAUGAAUCAAAAUUGUAUAAAGUGUUACAAGGAGGAACCGGCGUUCCAAAUGUUAAAUGGUAUGGUGUUGAAGGGGACUAUAAUGUCCUUGUGAUAGACUUGUUGGGGCCUAGCCUUGAAGAUCUAUUCAAUUUCUGUAGUAGGAAACUCUCACUAAAGACUGUACUAAUGCUUGCAGAUCAAAUGAUCAAUCGCAUUGAGUAUGUCCAUCAGAAGUCAUUUCUGCAUCGGGAUAUCAAGCCUGACAACUUUCUGAUGGGUCUCGGGAGGCGCGCAAAUCAGGUAUAUGUCAUCGACUUUGGUCUGGCAAAGAAGUAUAGAGACUCUAAUAAUCAGCAUAUACCUUAUAGGGAAAACAAAAACUUGACUGGAACUGCUAGAUAUGCUAGCAUGAACACUCACCUUGGCAUUGAACAAAGUCGUAGAGAUGAUUUGGAGUCACUUGGAUUUGUUCUCAUGUACUUCUUAAAAGGAAGUCUUCCUUGGCAAGGACUGAAAGCUGGCAAUAAGAAGCAAAAGUAUGAGAAAAUCAGUGAAAAGAAAGUAUCAACAUCUAUUGAGUCUUUAUGCCGAGGUUAUCCAUCAGAAUUUGCAUCUUAUUUCCAUUACUGCCGUUCCCUGAGAUUUGAUGACAAGCCAGACUAUGCCUACCUGAAACGGCUUUUCCGGGACCUGUUUAUUCGCGAAGGCUUCCAGUUUGAUUAUGUAUUUGAUUGGACGAUCUUGAAGUAUCAGCAAUCACAAAUUUCUACUCCUCCUCCCCGUCACCAUGGUCCUGGAGUUGGGCCAAGCUCUGGACUCCCCCCUGCUAUUGCUAGUGCUGAGAGGCCAUCAGGUGGCGACGAAGCUAGACCUUCUGGCUGGUCAUCAGGAAACCCUAGACGAAGUUCUGGACAAAUUUUUAGCUCAGGAAGCUUGGCUAAACAGAAAGCACCAGUUUCAAGUGAUCCUGCAAUAUCUAAAGAUGUAGUGUUAUCUAGUUCUAGCUUUCUCCGUGCAACUGGUUCAUCAAGACGUGCUCCUGUAUCCAGUAGUCGCGAGGCUGGAGUUCUGGGAACUGAUUCUGAGCCAUCAAACCCUCAAAUCAUUGAAGCUGGAUCAGGCUCCAACCCAAAGAUCCAUGGUGUUCGAAGCUCCCCUAUCGUCCCGUCUGAGAACAACAAGCUAUCAUCUCCUUCAGGAGGAAAUACUUCAGUCACGAAGAACUACGAGGCUAAUCUUAAAGGGAUCGAGAGUCUGCAUUUUUAG